AUGGCAGCUCACAGGCUUGUGGUAGCAUCACUUUUUCUCUGCUGUUUAGCUGAAGUUUGUUAUGGAAAGGUUCUCUUUUCGUCCUUGAAAAGAACCCUUGUUGUCACCGCUUCCCCCAAGCAAGGAGAAGUUUUGUCAUCUGGAGUGGACAAAAUCAGUGGAACAUGGUCUCUAAACAAGACCUUCCCAGCAGGAACAGACUCUUCUUACAAAACAAUAAAACUGAAGUUAUGUUACGCGCGCAUAAGCCAACAAGACCGCGCAUGGAGAAAGACCGUGGACGAUCUCUCAAGGGACAAGACUUGCCAACAAAAAAUGGUAGCAAUGCCCUAUGAUGCUUCCAACAAAACCGUACGAACCUACGACUGGUUGAUCGAGCGCGUUGUGCCUCAGGCCACGUACUUUGUACGCGCCUACGCGUUUGACUCCAACGAUGUGGAAGUUGGUUACGGACAAACCACGAGUGCUGAUAAGAGCACUAAUUUGUUUGAAAUUAACGCGAUCAGUGGACGCCACGCGACACUUGAUAUUUGCUCUAUUUGUUUCAGUGCUUUCUCGGUUGUGUCCUUGGGCGUGUUCUUUUAUAUCGAAAAGAGGAAGGGAAAGUCACAGAAGUAG